GCUUAGACACAUGGAGUAGUUAGUGGCCCUUCAGCACCUUUCAGUGGCCCAAGGCUUGCGGAGGCCCGCUGAGGCUUGCUGAGGCUACCUCCCACCUGGAGUUGUUACAGCACGAAGUCUUACUUGGGCAAGGCUGCAGCUAUCAUCUACCUCCUGGGCAUAUCUUUCUCCCAACUCCUCCAUCUCCCUGCAGUGUGAAUUGUUCGUUGAUGGUGUUGCCAGGGCUGUAGUAUACAUCAUGGCGGACCAGAGCGGCGCUCAGCUGCUUACCUACUUCACUGCCAUGGACAACCAAGGAAACGUCAUCGUCAGAGAAACCCCGAAACUCGACCUCGAGCUGUAUAUCUCUAAUUAUCGAGGACGAACCCGCUUCGAACGCCUGCUCUUGGUAGGCCAAUCGUCUGUUCCCCUCGCCGUUGACGCCCUCAAAGCCGCUGUCCUCGAGGCCAAGAGGGGCAGGGAUACCCAACGCUACCGUAACGCAUGGGAAGCUAUCCGCAUCGCCGCUCCCACUGAGCCGGAGGCACAAUGGGAUCAGUCGUGGCUGGACAGGACGAACCAGUCAAACAAGACUGAAGCACAUCGUUUGGACGUCGAGCUCAAGGGGUACAAGAACAAUCUCAUCCGCGAGAGCAUUCGAAUUGGCUACCGAGACAUUGCCCUCCACCUCGAGAAUACUGGCGACCUACAAGGUGCUUCUGACGCCUUUCUUAGAAUGAGAGGCGAAGCAAGCACUCAAUCUCAUCUCCUUGAGGCUGCCAAGAACACAAUCGGCGUCAUGGUCCAAAAACGGGACUGGCCCAGUGUACUGGCUAACGUAAGCAAGAUGCUCUCGGGCAACACCAGCGAUGAUGAGUUCAAGGCACAGCAGCCAUACCAAAAAGUCGUCACUGGCCUCGCCAACCUCCAUUCUGACAAGUAUCAUGAAGCUGCCAGGAACUUCCUGGAAACAGGAGACCUGGCCACUUGCCAACUUCACAACGACAUCAUCAGUCCGAACGAUGUGGCCACGUAUGGUGGGCUACUGGCAUUGGCCUCCAUGGAUCGAUCCGAGCUGCAGGCUCGGGUGCUCAACAACUCGAGUUUCAGAAGCUACCUGGAGUUGGAGUCUCAUAUCCGAAAAGCGAUCAACAUGUUUGUCAACGGCCGCUACUCACAGUGCCUAGCCAUACUCGAGUCAUACCGACCUGAUUACCUUCUGGACAUCCACCUUCAGAGACAUGUGCCGGCCAUCUAUUCCCAGAUCAGGACCAAGUGCAUUGUUCAGUACUUCAUCCCAUUCUCCUGUGUCACCCUGGACAGCUUGAACGAAUCUUUUGCUCAGCCUGGAGAGUCUCUUGAGGCUGAGCUCGUCACCAUGAUUCGAGGCGGUCAUCUUCAAGCCCGCAUCAACACAAUCGACAGGCUGCUUGUUGCAGUCUCCACGGAUCGCCGCGUCGAAAUGCAGGCCAAGGCACUGGAGGCGGCAAAGCUGUACGAGAAGGAAGCAUUGGAGCGAAUCAGGCGGAUGAGUAUCGCCGCAGCUGACCUGGAGGUGAAGGGAAGUCGGAAAGGGGUUGCCGCUGCGGGCGCCGGCAUGUCCGAUGUCUGGUUUGACGAUGCCCGAAAAGGGGUGGCGGAGAGUUUGAUGUAGAGGUGGCCAGGUAUGAUAAAGGUCAUUGGCAUACGGAUGGCGUUCCUUGAGUGGGCAGAACAUGGCAUGACUGGCGUUUAUCGGCGUUACAGGCCUGGUCAAGGAGUGAAAUGAAUUGCCACGACGCCCAAAGAUAGAGCUUACUAGGCGGAAAGCCAGGAAUGAUACAUGAGAGAUGACAAGACAACGUACAGGACAAACC